AUGCCCCAUCUGAGGCANNUGGUUGAAUUGCGCACUGUUCUUCGUGAUGUGGAACGCGACAUGACGGAACUGCUCAAGCAACCGUUAUCUGCAUCAUCUGUCCAGAAACCUUCAAGUCAAUCCUCCAUUGAAUCGUCUCUUUCGUCAGACAGUGAAGACAGCGAUUCAAAGGCACCACCAGUUACUGGUCAAUUAGAUGGCGAACGCCUAAAUGCACGCUUAGCGCACUUGACACAUCGGGUUGAGUCCAUACGCCGCCAAUUUUUUGAUGUCCAGCAACGAUUAAACCAUCCCCGGCUAUUCCUUAUUCCAGAAGUCGAUGAUGAGGGUCAUCCACCUACCGGUUGUCCGUCCUACGCAUCCUCAGUUCGUGUUCUACAAGAGGCAAUUAUGUCCACUCCAAGACAACAUAUGAUGCUUCAAUUCACAGAACGCAAAUGGAUCGCGUAUGCACAAAAGAUGUGGGAAGCAAUAUGCAGUUCACCGCUGUUUGCCGACUACCAUGCGAUUCUGACCAAUCAGAUGUGA